AUGGUCGCAAGUACGAAUGGCGAGGUGUACGCACCAUACUCUCGCGUCCCCGUCGUCGUCGAGGAGGGCUUCCAGUCCAGCGAGGACGGCUCGGAGAUGCAUUCACCUGUCUACGAUGGUCCGUACAGUCCACAUGGGCAGACCCUGCCGUGUGCCCAACUCUUCGUGGCCAACUGGGACGGGCAUAUGGGCGCGUCCGACGUCGCGUCGCAGGUUCGCGACACACGCACGUUCGACGGUUUCGUGCUCGCACGUCCACCGAACACCCAUGACCUCGCGCAACACUUGAGCCAGGAGCUCGCUAUCCACGAACAGCCCGUCCUUGACUUCGAGAGCACUGGCAACCGCUUCCAGUCUACCGUGUUGGCUCCCAGCGCGGAUUACACCUUCAACCUUCCACAGAGUCGAAUCACAGACUCUCACUUCCGCCCGCAAGAAGUCUUCCACGAUUCGUCGUCCUCAUACUCUUCACGCCACACAUCAUCAAUAUCCUCAGAACCGGAUGCGCAGCAGAUUGCGCUCAUGUCAAGCACUACCAAGACCUCUUCGCUGAAUGGCAACACGAAUGGCCACUCGUCAAGUACAAGACCACCGCGCAGAGAAGCCUCCAGUGUGGUCAUAGCGUGUCGACAAUGUCGAGCGCGUAAAAUCCGGUGCGAUUCUACCCGACCUGUCUGCCACAAUUGCACACGGCGCAACAAUGAGUGCGAAUAUGAUGCCGUUCCGAAGCGCAGAGGUCCGGAUAAGCGCCCGGGUACGCGGCAACGCUCUUGUAAGAAGCGUCCGCUAGACUCCACCACGCUGCCCGCCAAGAAGAAACGAAAGGUCAGCGAGGACUCCGUGUCAGUAGUCGACGUCAAGAUCAAGGAGAGCGAAGACGACAAAUUGCACGCGCUGUCUCUGAGCCACCCCAGCCUUCCGCAAUCAGCGUCUGUCUCUCUCAGCGCGUCUCAUUCUCCCCAGCACGCCGCCACCGAGGCGUUGUAUUCACGAGAGCCCUAUUCACCACCGUCUCGACGCUAUGCCUCUUCUAUCGAAUACCCCGAGUCCAAGUCUUUUGUCCGCCCUCUAAACUUGCCCAUUAAUCGACACCAUCGCCAUGACGAACAACACAAAGCUAGUCCCCUUCCCUUGUCGCCGUCCGUUGAAUACUCUAGGAAGUCGUGGUGGGAUAAUUUACUGCACGAGCAUUCGUUACGAGAAAUCGUGGGCGAUCUGAACUUCCUACUCUCCUCGAGCGGCCACUGGCUCUCCUUCAUUCACGCUCCAACUUUCCUUCGCGAUCUCCAGGACGAGCACCUACGCGUGCGCAUGCAACCGGCCCUAAUUAUGUCCGCUCUCGCUAUGGCUACCCUCAUGAAAUCUAGUCAAAUAGAACUCGGCUCGAGUGGCCGCAAUCGAGCUUUGUAUUUUAGGGAUAACGCACAGUCCCUCCUGGAGGCUGCGUGCAGCUCUCAAUCCGUUGACUAUACCCUCGCUGAAGCGGCGUUGCUUCUAGCCUUGUUCGAGACCUCCUCUCAUCCACAGUACAAUGCAGACCGUUCAACGUGCUCUCUGCAAUUCCUCGACCGCAUCAUCCAAGUCCUCUCGCUGUGUUCCGUCGACGCGCGGGACCCUGACGUGACCCUGUUCUCUGCCGACGCUGUACCCGUCGUCUACAUGCCGGACAAUUAUCGUCCACCAAAGAAGUGCUGCUGUGUCAUCCCUUCGCACAACGGGGUGGGCAUCGACGACUACCGCUCAUACUCUUCCAUGAACCCACCGUGGGAUCGCAGCUGGUCGGACGCGGAGAUACGCAAGGAAGAGUGCCGGCGGCUGUGCUGGACCGCUCUCGCCCUUGUCUCCCGCUAUACCAUGCAGUGUUCCCUUUCUCAUCAAGAGCCCCUGCGCUUCGCCCUGUCGGAGCCGUCCAAUUUUGCACUGCUGUUUCCGGGCGAGGCAUACGAGCGCGCCCUGGGCCACGAGCAAUUGUACGGGCAAUCGCCGAAGGAGUCCGUUUGGGCUGUGUAUUGCCGGAGCAUGCUCCUGUGGAGCAGCAGCACGCGCCGUGUCAAAGAGACUUGGUCUGUCGACCACCGGGCACGCUUCGCAUCCGAUAUAUUCGCCGAGACGCAUGCCGUGCAGUGCGCCCUCGACAUGCACCACUGCAACAUCAACGGCACCUUCGCGUACAUGUGCAAGGAGCUGCUGUACAAUACCAGACUCGUCGUUACGCACGAGAUCAGUCGCCUACACGACGUUGAUAGGGCGGCGAUAUUCGACCGGCGGCACGCAGAAGAGUGGCUCUUUUAUCAGGACCAGAUAUCGAAGAACCUGAAGGCGGCGAUGCUCCAGGUAACGGAAGCUCCAGGGCAACAGUUGUCCCGUCGUCCGUUUCAGGUCAACUGGGUGUCCAGUCAGGUCAUGAUAUGCCUGGCGCUGUGGGAGUUCGACCAUGCCUUCGUACAUGCUCUGGAACAGGCGAAAACCUUCUUAACACCGCUUGAUGUUCUCAAUGUGCUGUGGCCAUCUCCAGAAUGGAUGGACAGUGCGGCCGGGGACCACGGAUCCAGAAUCGGCGACCUGGAUUGCAGUGAGCCGAACAACACACAUCCAUCACAAUCGUCGAUCACCGAAAGAGGGGUGAUCGGUGCAGGUUGGCAGCAUGCAUUGUGCAAUCUGGCAGAUCUCAUCAUCGACAGCGCUGGAUCCUGGGCCACAAUUCACCGAAGCGGUCCAAAUCCCAGCGCUCUUCGGUCCCAAGCGGUGACCGUGCAGCCGCGCGGACGUGUUGGUGGCUUACUCCACGCGCGAUCAGGGAUGGUUGGCCGAAAACACCAUAUAAAGCACUUCCGCGCAGAUCAAGUCGAUCGUUCGCAAUCUCGGACACGAGUCGACGUCACUUUGCCCGGCUCAGUCGGUAGUCUACCGAGCAAGAAGACAAGCCGGGUUGCCUGCACCUCUGCCGUCCCACACCUCAUCGUCCAGUGA